GCCCUAUGGCAAGCCUGUGCCUGCCGACACAGUCUUUCCCAAUGCCUGCGGUGCCCGAGAGUGGCCACUGGGGGCGCAGCGAGCAGCAUCUCCUUCGCAGCCGCAGCGGCGGACGCUUCCCACUUACUUCCUCAUCUUCGCGAAAAGUAACUUGUGCGCCUUUUUGGGGCGGUAGGCGAGGCGGCCCCUGCAGGAGGAAGCGCUCUUGAUCCGAUCCACAGCCAGGAGGCUUGGGUUCGCCGACCGGACCCAGCUAUGUCCAAGCCGCCGCCUAAACCGGCCAAACCAGGCCAGGUCAAAGUUUUCAGAGCCCUAUAUACAUUUGAACCCAGAACGCCAGAUGAGCUGUAUUUUGAAGAAGGCGAUAUCAUCUACAUUUCGGAUAUGAGUGACACCAAUUGGUGGAAAGGGACCUGUAGAGGACGGACUGGAUUGAUUCCCAGCAACUAUGUGGCUGAACAAGCAGAAUCCAUUGACAAUCCAUUACACGAAGCUGCCAAGAGAGGAAACCUGAGUUGGUUGAGAGAAUGUUUGGAUAACAGAGUUGGUGUCAACGGUUUAGACAAAGCCGGAAGUACAGCAUUGUACUGGGCAUGUCAUGCUGGACACAAAGACAUAGUAGAAGUUUUACUGGGGCAGCCAAAUGUAGAGCUAAAUCAACAGAAUAAACUGGGAGACACAGCUUUGCAUGCUGCUGCAUGGAAGGGCUAUGCGGACAUUGUAGAAACACUCCUGGCAAAAGGUGCUAGAACAGAUUUAAGAAACAAUGAGAAGAAAUUGGCUUUAGACAUGGCCACUGAUGCAACGUGUGCUUCUCUGCUUAAAAAGAAACAAGGACAAAACAUAAUGCGGACAUUAAGCAAUGCAGAAGAGUACCUUGAUGAUGAAGACUCCGACUGAACUUCCUUAAUACUGUUUUGAAAAAUCUACAACCUCUGUUGUCUCUACCUUUCUCAAAGGCUCCAUUUCCCUAAUUACAAAGUGUACUUUUAACAUAUACUGUAAUGAAGUGUUACGAUCAUGUGAAUCAGAGGUUUUUUCCAUCAGGUAAAAUGACCUCCUUGUAUUAAGGGCCAUUAAUUCUUAUUUUGCUUUUAAAUAUUUUUUUCUAAAGAGUGUAUAAGUGAUGGAUUUUCCCAUAAAUUUCCUGUUACAUUGGCUAUAGACCUGGCCUUUUAAAAACAGGGAUAUAAUUUGGGAUAUGUAUAUAUGUGUAUAAAUCUAUUUGGAGGGUGAAAAGCCAUCCUAAAUCUAUCUGCCAUGAUUAGCUUUACAGAGUGAAAUAUUUCAGCAGAUUGGUUGAUAUUUGCCUUACUUCAUCUUCACGCUUUUCUCUUUCAUUUUAUAUGUAACUCUUUCUCCUCUCUCUUUAUGAAGGUACUAGGAGCCCAGAUUUGUACAAUGGGAAGGGAAAUGUAUUUAUAUAAACAAAAUACCCCUAAAGAUAUUAGAGCAGAAGCAAGGUCUCAUGUUUCCCAUUAAAUCUGGCCAUGACUGUUUUACACACAUUUCCUGUUCUUGCUAUAAACGAUCUACAAUAGUAGAAUGAAUGGUGUUAGUGGAUACUGGAUCUACACUGCCCUAUAUCCCAAGAUCUGAUCCCAGAUUAUCUGCUUAUCCCAGAUUAUCUGGCAGUGUAGAAUCAUAUAAUCCAGUUCAAAGCAAAUAAUUUGUGAUCAGAUCCUAGGAUAUAGGGUAGUGUAGAUCUGGGUGCCUCCGGUGGUGCAGUGGAUUAAACUGCUGAGCUGCUGAACUUGCUGGCCGAAAUGUUGGAGGCUCGAAUCUGGGGAGAGGAGUGAGCUCCCGCUGUUAGCCCUAGCUUCUGCCAACCUAGCAGUUUGAAAACAUGCAAAUGUGAAUUGAUCAUUAGGUUCCUCUUCGAUGGGAAGGUAACGGCGCUCCAUGCAGUCAUGCUGGCCGCAUGAUCUUGGAGGUGUCUACGGACAACAGCUUAAAAAUGGAGAUGAGCACCACCCCCCAGAGUUGGACACGACUAGACAAUAUCAGGGGAAAACCUUUACCUUUACCUUAGAUCCAACCUGAGAGAAGGAAAAGCAUUUUACUAUGGCCCCUUCUACACUGCCAUACAAAAUCCAGAUUAUCUGCUUUGAACUUGAUUAUAUGGCAGUGUAGAUUCAUAUAAUCUAGUUCAAAGCAGAUAAUGUGGAUUGUCUACUUUGAUAAUCUGGAUUCUAUCGCAGUGUGGAAGGGGCCUUUGUCAGCCACCACAAGAAGCCAGAAAUUCCUCCAUCCACCAGCUGUUUAGAGGAUAAUGGGAAACUUAGCCCUUCUUCCACUCUGGAAUGAAUUUGGGAGUUGUAGUUUUACAAGAUCUUUAGCCUUCUUUAGCUUUCUCUGCCAAAAAGUUCUCAGGCCUCAGCAGACCUCAAAUCCCAGGAUCCCAUUGCAUUAACAUAUGGCAGUUAAAGUGGUGUCAGACUGCAUUAAUUCUAGUGUAGGUGCAUCUUUCUCUCAGAAUGGAACAGGGAGUAAGUCCAAAGGCCGCACAAAGAAGUGAAUGCUGAGAGAGGGAAAUAGUUUGCAUUACUGCUGUAAAAUACAAAUCUGUGGGUGGUUUUCAACCUUUGGUCCUCCAGAUGAUUUGAACUUUUUCCAAGAAGUCCCAGCCAAUAUGCAGGAAUUCUAAAAGCUGACGUCCAUAAUAUUUGGAAGACUAAAGCUUAAGGAUUUCUGAUACAUACACAUAUAUAUACAUACGUGCACACACACACACACACUCUUACUCCAGCUGAAUCUCAUUUUAGCAGUUAAAAUUAGUGUGGAGGUGGAGGUUAUUACUGAUUUCCUUUCUCUCAAGUCCUUAGAUCAGUGGUUCUCA